UUGCCAGAACAACCACCACCACGUCGUCCACGUCGAUCAGUCCGCCCGAAAUAAUGAUGAUGCAGGAUCCACAGCAGCUGGGACACCAACAUCAACUCCACCAAAUGCAGCAGCCAGCGUUUCAGCUACAGCAAAGCUUCUCAUUCCCACAAAACCAAUGAAAACUCUCAACCCAACUCAACUCAAAUGUGAUAAACGCAAGCGAGCAAAGCAGUUAAAAACUAUGUUGUGAUAAAGCUACGCAAGCAAAGACUUAAAAGAAAAGCCGAAAAGUUAUUAAUCAAAUCGAAACGACUGAAAAUCAAAAAACCUUAAAACAAAACAAAUGCAACACAUCGCCAGGCAGCAGCGUCAAAAUCAUCUCAAAAGAUCGCCGUCCUGUCAUCGUGCCAAGCUUCAAGUAUUAUAGAAACAACUGCAACUUUGUGAACUCUGAACUCAACUCAACCCAACUCAACUCAACAGCUGAAUGUUUAAUGAUUAAAAAGAAACAGAGCAAUCGCAACCAAUCCUAUCAAACCAGGCACAAAAUUACAAAUUUCAAAUUACAAAUAAAAAAAAAAACAAAUGAAUAAAUAACGCAUAAGAGUCGGUUGAAUAAGGAACGAGUACGAGUACGUGUAUAAGCAUAGUCGAUUCAAGGCAGAAUCAAUUCCGUCGCAAGCAAUUCUGAAGACUGAACGGGAACGGCAACAAUUCCAAAACAAAAUGGAGAGUUUUACGGAAAGAUUUAUGGACAGGACGCCCGAGCAGCUGAUUGCGCAGUUUGGCUUCAGGUACUUAAUGAACCAGGCUCGGCUGGCUCAGCAAAAGUUUGAGCAACAACAGCAGGAACAGCAACAACAGCAGCAGGAGCAACAGCAACAGCAGCUACAGCAACGCCAUGAACAAGAUCCAGAAAAUGAACAUCCCAUAUACCGAUAUCAACAAUCAGAGCCCACACAUAUGCAGCAAUUAGCUUGUAACAAUCAGCCACGACAUUCCACAACCACGUUGUCGCCAUCAUCAACACAUUGGAUGGCAUUGGACGGCAGCAAUAUCAGCAACAUCAGCAACAUUGCAUUUGGUAGCAAUCAUAGCAACGCUGCAUUCUCAUUAGCCGCUCAUAGCCACAAUCAGCAGCAAGAAAACCCGGCUAAUCCCAACCAUGUUCCACCUGUUCGUCAGAUGGAUCAAUCGCCCCUGAGUGAGAAUGGGUCGCCGAAUGCCACACCGCCAGGUGUCCAAACGCCGCCAAAUGCAGCAGCUUCAAGUGCAGCAGCAACAGCAACCACAACGCUCGGAAACUAUAAGACUAACCCCUGCUGGUGUUACGGUGAGUCAGUUUGUUCUGGAAUUGAGGUUGAAAUUGAAAAUAAUAACAAUAAUCAUAUUCAUCAUGGCGAGACAACGUAUCACAUGAAAAUACUGGUGCCCGCGGUGGCCUCCGGGGCCAUCAUCGGCAAGGGAGGCGAGACGAUCGCCUCCCUGCAAAAGGACACGGGUGCUAGGGUCAAGAUGUCCAAGUCCCAUGACUUUUACCCAGGCACCACUGAACGCGUUUGCCUGAUCACUGGCUCCACGGAUGCCAUCAUGGUCGUGCUCGAGUUCAUCAUGGACAAGAUCCGCGAGAAGCCCGACCUGACCAACAAGAUCGUCGACGCCGAGUCCAAACAGACCCAGGAGCGCGACAAGCAGGUCAAGAUUCUGGUACCCAACUCCACCGCCGGCAUGAUCAUCGGCAAGGGCGGCGCCUUCAUCAAACAGAUCAAGGAGGAGAGCGGCUCCUAUGUCCAGAUCUCGCAGAAGCCAAAGGAUGUCUCGCUGCAGGAGCGCUGCAUCACGAUCAUUGGCGACAAGGAGAACAAUAAGAACGCCUGCAAGAUGAUCCUCUCGAAGAUCGUCGAGGAUCCGCAGUCGGGCACCUGCCUGAAUGUCUCCUACGCGGACGUCAGCGGCCCAGUGGCCAACUUCAAUCCGACCGGCUCGCCCUAUGCCACCAACCAGAAUGCCAUCAACUCGAGCACCGCCUCGCUCAACUCCACGCUGGGCACCACGAUCGGCGGCGCCAACUCGGCGGCCAGCCUGCUAGUCAACGGCACCGGCAUCAACUUGUCCAUCAACCUGGGCUCACCCAAUCCGGCGCCCAAUCUAGCGGUUGCCACGCAGCUGCUCGAGCAUAUUAAGGUUGCCAUGCGCGGUUCUGGUUACUCGGAGACCGUGACGAACGAAGUCGUCUCCGCCCUGGGAGUGCUGGCCAAGUACGGAGUCCUCGGAAUGGGCGUGGGCGUGCCGCACACCAACGGCGCACAUUCGACGCUGGGCAACUUCCUGGGCGUGUCGGCGCUCGAUCAGCAGACUGCGGCCGCCGCAUCCGCGGCCACCGCCAGCAAUGUGUUCGGCGCUGUGGGCCAGGUGAAUCUGGAGCAGUUUGCCGCCGCAGCGGCCGCUGCAGCUGCCGCCAGCAGGCCGACGCAGUCGCAACUGGACGCUGCCGCGGUGCAAUUCGAUCCAUUCCGCCACUUGGGCUCGGCCACGGCGCCGGGCGCCACGCCCGUCUCGCUGAACAACAACAGCUUCGGGCUGACGGCAGCCACGGGCACGGCGACCACGGCGCAGCUGGGCGGCCUCAGCAAGAGCCCCACUCCGGGCGACCUCAGCUCCAAGGACUCGAAGAACGUCGAGGUGCCGGAAGUGAUUAUCGGCGCUAUUCUAGGUCCGAACGGUCGUAGUUUAGUUGAAAUUCAACAUGUUUCUGGCGCAAAUGUGCAAAUUUCCAAAAAGGGCAUAUUCGCACCUGGCACUAGAAAUCGCAUUGUAACCAUAACUGGUCAGCCGAGUGCCAUUGCCAAAGCGCAAUAUCUAAUUGAACAGAAAAUCAACGAGGAGGAGACAAAGAGGGCGCGACAAAUUCCAUUAACCACUGUUGUGAAUUAAACAAAACAAAUCCGAGUUAAGCAACCAACAACCAGCAAUCUGAACAGAACAACAAACAAACAGGCAAAAAGCAAAACAACAACCAAACCCCCAAUUCGCCCCCCCCCCCCCCAAAAAAAAAAAAAAAUCACAAACACAAGCAAGUUUUCGUCUAAAAUUUGUUAAUUUAUUAAAAGAUAAAAAAACGAGGAACAUGAAAAACCCAAAACUAAAAUAAUAUGAAAAGGAAUAACAAAAAAAAAAAGGAAA